UAAUUUUUACUAUCGCAAGCUGCUGCACCAUCCAGAGAUCACCACUAGCAGUUAUAGCCAUAUUCAUGGCCGAAAACCGAGAUGAUCUAAGCCGUCGAAUCGCUUCCAUCCUCACCAUCCUCAACUGUCUCUUGCUCUGCCUAGGCGACACCGGCGGCCCCAUCCUCCUCCGCCUCUACUUCCUCCACGGAGGCCGCCGCCAAUGGCUCUCCUCCUUUCUCGAAACCGCCGGUUUUCCUCUCCUCCUCAUCCCCCUCUCCGUCUCCUACCUCCACCGCCGCCGCUCCAAUCCCUCAACCCCUUUCAUCCACCUCAACACCCGCCUCCUCAUCGCCUCCGCCAUCAUCGGCAUCCUCACAGGCCUCGACGAUUACCUUUACGCCUACGGGCUCGAUUUCCUCCCCGUCUCCACCGCCAUCGUCUUAACCGCAACCCAUCUCGGCUUCACUGCUUUCUUCGCUUUUCUGAUCGUGCGGCAGAGAUUCACACCCUUUUCGAUUAAUGCGAUCGCGUUAUUAACGGUGGGCGCCGGCGUGCUUGCCUUGCACGCGAAUGGGGAUCGGCCGGACGGGGUGAGUGCGGCAGGGUAUUGGAAGGGGUUUGUUCUGACGAUCGGGGCGGCGGCGUUGUACGGGUUGGUGUUGCCGUUGGUGGAGCUGGCUUAUGCGAAGGCGGAGAGAGUCGUCAGUUACACGCUGGUGAUCGAGAUGCAGUUUGUAAUGGGUUUUUUUUCCACGGCGUUCUGCACCAUCGGGAUGAUCGUCAACAAGGAUUUCCAGGCGAUUGAGGGAGAAGCAGAGAGGUAUGGAUUGGGAGAGAGAAAGUACUAUUUGGUUCUGGUCUGGUGCGCUGUGUUCUGGCAAUGUUUCUUCGUGGGAGCGGUGGGGGUUAUCUUCUGUGUUAAUACUCUGCUCGCCGCCGUCGUCGUCGCCUCCCUUAUUCCGGUCAUCGAAGUUUUGGGCGUCGUCUUCCUACACGAGAAAUUCAGCGGCGAGAAGGCGGUUGCUCUGAUACUGUCGCUUUGGGGAUUGGCUUCUUAUUCCUACGGCGAGUAUCGCCAACGGAAGGUGGAAAUAAUUGUGUGGACUGGCAUCAACAUGGAAUUAUGA